AAUAUGGACCCGAUUCAGGCUGCGAUUAAUGAUAUCGAAUCGCUGCAACCAGGAGAAUCUUUCUCAUAUAGCCAAAUGGCUAGAAAACAUCACGUUGUACGAUCUACGUUAUCACGAAGGCACCAAGGGAUCACUCAAUCGCGUGCAGUCGUGAACAACAACCGCCAGAACAUCAACCAACAACAAGAAAAGGAAGUCCUACGAGAUCAGUCCAUUAGACGGAACACCUCAGUGCUCAGCGCGUCCGAUUGGCGUAAAUUCGAGCGACUUCUAUGCUCCGCUGUAAAGGGUCUAGCAACUGAGGAGUCAUACAAGCUCAGUCAAACAUUACACUCAAUAUCUAUACAAAACCAGCUCCUAGAGCAUGAAAAUAAGUGCCUCCGAGAGGCUCUGGCUACUCAAAAGAGAAGCUCAAACGUACAGCGGGCCCACGAUCGUCAACACGAAAGAGACAUAGAGGAGCAACAGAUACAGCUUCAAAAAAGUGAGCAAGCAGAGGCCCGUCGGGCCAGUAAGAAGCUGAAGGAAAGGCUACUCCAGGAGAGGCGUAUUGCUCGAGCAGCUGCUAGAGAUGCACGCGCAAAGCAGAGGGCCGAUGAGGCUGCAGAUCGACGUCUCAAACAACAGGCCCGCAAGGCACAAAGGCAACUUCAAAAUCGUAUCAAAUUGUCUAAAAAGAGUAACGAGAAGGUCUUGAAGCCUUCUAGCAGAUCUAUUGAGAAGACACAGGCUCAGCGUGAGGCUGUAGAUGUUGAUGAGGCCUCAUCCGUUGCAUCCGCCUCACAGUCGCGCAGAGGCCGUAUCAUCAAAAAACCAAGUAGAUAUCGAUCAUCUGAGUAG